GUUAUUUCAAAUGGAAAAGGCUCAAAAGACCACUAAAAAGAGCGCACUCAAUGAGGUUGUGACUCGCGAGUACACUAUCCACCUCCACAAGCUUGUUUUUGGAGCUACCUUCAAGAAGCGUGCACCCAAGGCUAUCAAGGCAAUCAAGACAUUUGCCACCAGAGCCAUGGGUACUUCUGAUGUUCGUGUUGAUCCCUCUCUGAACAAGCACAUCUGGGCCAACGGUGUCAAGUCUGUUCCCCACAGAGUCCGUGUUCGUCUUUCCCGCAAGCGUAACGACUCUGAGAAUGCCAAGGAGAAGCUGUACACAUAUGUUACAGUCGUUCCCACAGUUAACUUCAAGGGUCUUCUCAAUCAGACUGUCGAUGAAUAAGCGGAUGAUUUAUCAAAAAUAAAUGAUCUUUAUUUCGUCACUCGUGGUUGU